AUGGCCAGCUCAGAAGACCCAUUGGGGCCAAAGACUGUGAAGGAAUCAUUCAAGUGGGCUCCACUAUUCCUGGAACGGCUAUUCAACCACUUUGGCCGCACCAAGGUGAUCCAACGGCUAAGGAAAUGGAGAUGGGAGGUCGGGACUGUCUUCAGCGGAAUCGGUUGCGCUGAAGCGGCUUUGACGAGCUUGGAGGCGGCUGUUCAGCAGUCACUGCGAAAGGUCGCUCCCUGUGUAAAGACCCACUAUGCCUGCCGCCUCUACAACAAGGCCCUACAGCGUGUGAUGCACCCCCUCGAGCUUUUGGCCACCCACAGCUUGCCUGUCGAUGCAAAGCAAAGCGCCAUCUCGAAGUCGCCGAAGUUGGAACUCUCCUCCACCUCCAAAACGGCACAGAUUCGGAUGGCUGGAAAUGCGAUGUCGGUACCCACCAUGGGGGCUAUCAUAGUUGCCACCAUCUUGGGCUUGAGCUGA